AUGGAUGGUUAUCCAUCGACAAGUUUCGACUUCUCUGUCAAUUACUACUUGAAUCAACAACGAUGGUAUUGGGGAGCUGUGGAUAAGGAAGAAUUAAACAAAGCUAUCAAUGUAAGUUUUAUUUUUUAGUUUUUGUUGGUUUAGUUGAAGAUGUCAUUGCAUCUUAACAUGUCUUGAUUAUUGGUUUCAAAGGCUUUCAGAAGAUUUCAUAGCUUUUGCUACCUCGAAUUUAAAUAUUAUUUAAUAAACAACACGGGGCCAGGCGUAUUUUACCAUAAAAGCAUUGUUUCAGCACCAUCCAACCGGCACUUUUGCUGUUCGUGACUCUUCGUCUCCAGGUGAAUAUACGCUGACUGUGAGAGUAGAUGGAGCUAACCGUUUAGUGAAGAUAUUGAUCUAUGAAGAUCGUUGUGGCUUUACACCGCAGAAUCUGGACUUUUCGAGUGUUGUAGAACUAAUUGAAUAUUAUAGACAUAGAAGUCUGGAGGAUUAUAAUCCGGCUUUGAAGACUUCUUUGAGGUUUCCGUUGGAGAAGCCGGCUUCAGAUGAACAAGAACUGGAAGAGAAUUUUGAGAGAGAGGAAGCAGAAGAUUCUUUGGUACCUCAGAGAGUAGUAGAUAUGUUGAAACGACACAAAAACACGGUAACUUUUUCUUAAAUUAAGUAAAAUUUAGGUAGUUCUGCUAUUAAUUUGUGAGAAUGUUUUAAAUAUUUCAAUAUUAUUUAGGACCAACGUCCUGACCAAGAAUUUCACUCUACAGCCUUUGUUAUACAACAUCUGAUAGAACAAAUGGCAGCAGAGAUUGAGAGAUCCCGGCUAAGACAGAUCGCCAUUCAUAAUCUACUGGAAAAGAUCGAAGAGAAGUUGAAGAAGUACACCAACAUGGAGAAGGGAUUCGAUAGAUGUGAAGGGUUUAUCAAGAAGAACAAAGACGAGUUUGUGGAGUAUAUAAACACUUUGUCAGAGACCGACAAGUUGGGGAUGUUCGGGAAGUUGGACACUAUUGAGGACAGGUAAUUUUCUUGUAAAUUUUUGUAGUAGAUUGCAAAUUACUAUUUAAUUUUGGUAAAUUGUAAACAAGUAGUUUUGUAGUACACGGUUUUAAAGAAAAAGUAUGUUUCGAUUUUGUUUUAGGUACGACAUUGUAUGUACCUUACGAAAAGACACUAUUAGUGGAUUCAACAAGCUAAAAGCGGUUAAAGAAGGUCUGAAAAACGAAGAAGAUAUUAUACUAAAGCAUUACGAAAGCUGGAAUAGGUAUUUUUUGGUUUUUAUAAUAAAAUUGAAGUUUAGGCGCUUCGAGCACUACAUCAACUUAUUGGUCAGCAAUGGGUAUGACAUGAGUUUGAUCGACCGUACCAGUGAUUACAUAAAGACCGUGAUUCAAACAGAGUCCGAAAUGAUCGUGCACAACCUACUGAAGGUCGACUUGAUAACAACACCGUUCGAUUGGCUGACGAAUAACAGUAGCAAGGAUUACGCGGCUGCCAUUGUUAAUCAGAGCAUUAAGGUGGGAUUUUAAGGAUUUUAACUUGAUUAUUUAACUUUUUUAACACUUAAUGUUUAAAAAAAUAAAAAGCGUAUUUUAGGUCUUAAAAAAACGCGGAUCCAAGAACACGAAUGGUAUCUUCCUAAUCCGACCUUCAUCAUCAAAACCUGGCUGUUAUGCGAUGGCGAUCAGUAUGAAUGAGAAGGUAUUGAACUGUUUAAUCGACUAUCGUGCUCCGUCCGAAUCUGAAAACACUCCAGGCUACGGAUUCUUCAACACGAAUCUGUUCUACAGUACGUUGAGUGACUUUGUCAGAUAUUAUUCACAAGUGACGCUUAAUGAGCACAAUCCUCAUCUGGCGACAACGUUGAGGAUACCUGCUUUGAAAUUGGCAGAACCGAAGAAACACAAGGGCUACGUGGAGAUGUUUGGAGAGAUCGGGGUGAAAUGGCCUACCGAGCCUGAUCUGACUGACUGUGUUUGGGUGGAUGAUCAGUAG